AUGGCUGAUGUUGACAAUUCCAUCGAUUCCCGAGAUUCGAAUGAACCGAAGAUAGAGACAGAUUCAGAAGACGAGGCAGAGAUAGAUGGCCCACCUAGAGGUUCCUUCUUGUACAAGGGAAAACUACUCCGACCUGCCUUAUCGUACGACGAUCUAGAAUGUGACAAACAGCGAGAUCUCUUUUACAAACAAUUGGCAGAUAGCGAGGGUUUUGAUGUGGAGUGGGACCGUUUUGACUACGUGUUCAAUGUCGUGAAUUUUGACUGGAAACCAUGUAUAGAUGAUAACCGGAGCAAUGAGGAGGACACAAGACUUGAGUCUGUCAAGUAUGUGAGUGCAAACAUUGUUAGUGUUAAGGGUUUGCUGUAUUUUAUAACGUUUUGGGCGACGGAUGUGCUCUCAUCAGAUCUAAAGCCUAAACUUUACCAAGCAAAGGUGUCCAGAUAUUGUCAGGAGAUGACAGUGCUUAUGGUCAGGCUAAAGCCCACACAGUAA